CACACACACACACACGCACAAUGAUGAUGCUGGUGCUCUUGUGGUGCGUGGUAGUGGUGAUGACUGCGCAGCUGAGCGGGGCGACGACCGUCACACCUGGCACAACCACCUGCGACCGCGCCCGCCAAGCGAUUCAGGCCAUGGAAGCAGCGUCAGAACACUUUCCACCGCUGGUCGACGUGGCCGCCCUGCGCACUGCCGCAGAGUUUUACUGCCAGCAUGCCGUCAAUCGUCCAACCACAGGAACAAGCCGACCGUUUCUGCUAUCACCACCAACACCAACAACAACGCCGGAAGCACCCCGUGCGUCCCAACAACAACAACAACAACAACAACAACAACAACAACAACAACAACAACAACAACAACAACAACAACAACAACAACAGCAGCAGCAGCAGCAGCAACAACAACAACAACUGAAACAACAACAACAACAACAACAACAACAACAACAACAGCAGCAGCAGCAGCAGCAGCAGCAACUACUGGAUCGCAGGAGGAGACGCGAAGCAGAAGAGAACAAUGUCGGCAACAUUAACGAGGAGAGCGACAUCACAGUCGUGCUUUGCGUCCUGUCUGAGGUGAUUCAACGCAACUGCACGGACGCUGCCGAAGCAGAGCAAGCCAGGCAAGCAGGCAACCGCAUCAAGCUGCAACUUCGCUUCGACGCGGCAGUGCAGCCGCUCACGGCUUCUACGCUGCCAGGCGAUGCACAACAACACCUCGCUGACGUCUUGCACCUCGCCCGUCCAGAGAUUGCUGAAUUCACAGGCCGCGUGUUCGACGCCGACCUGCACUGGGUUCUCACGACCCCAGGUGUUGCUUGGGGCUCCGUGCGCAACAUCACCCUUCGUGGCCUCGUGUCAUCGACCUUCUCAUUUGCCACCCUCAACCCGCUGCCCAACAUCACGCAGAUCAGCGUUCGUGGCAACCACAUUACACUCCUCACAAGCGCCAGCACCACCACCACCACCAGCAGCAGCAGCAGCAGCAGCCAGAUAACUGACAACAACACCAAAGGCGCAGCAGAGCAGUUUGCUCACGCAGCAGCCAUCACGGUUGUUGACGUCGGCAAUAACGCACUGACCACCGUGGACACAGAAGCAUUUACUGGCAUGUCAUCCCUGUCCCGGCUGCUCCUCGAUGGCAACCAGAUCACGCACAUCCCCGUGCAAGGCAUCACGGGCCACGCACGCGCCGUGCGCACGCUCGUGCUGGACAGAAACCGCAUUCGCUCCCUCGCCGCCGAGCAGUUUGCCAACACACCAUUCCUGACCGUCCUCUCCCUCAUGCACAACGACAUCAGCAGCAUGGACCCGGCCGCCUUUUCUCCCCUGUCGCGCCUGCGCACACUCGACUUGAGCGGAAACCCAUUUGACACCCUCCAUGCACAGACGCUCCGCCCGCUCACCCGCCUCAGGCACCUGGACCUCAGCAACACCGGCCUCACAGCCAUGGACGCAGAUACACUGCAAGCAACCACCCUCCUCAACACGCUGCUGCUCACCAACGCGCGCUUAUCCUCGCUGCCAGAGACUGCGUUCUCCCACCUCACCAACCUGACCCACCUCGACCUGUCCUCAAACACCAUCCAACAUGUGUCGUCGCGGCUGCUUGCUGGCGCAUCCACGCUGACCUUCCUCAGCCUCAAGUCCAACGCCAUCACCAACGUGCACCAGGACACCUUCGCCGCCCUCACGGCGCUGCGCGAGCUCUACCUGCACCGCAACCAGAUCACGCAGCUGCCGCGAGCCCUGUUUGCCGCACUCUCGCAGCUGCGUGUACUGGAGCUGAGCCACAACCGCAUCUCCACAAUCCCUUCGUCAGUCUUCAACGCGACAACACAGCUGCAGGCGCUCUCCAUGCGUGGCAACCACCUCACCACCUUUGACGCCGCCCUGUCCAAGCUCGUGUCCCUUCGCAUCGGCAACAACCCGCUGCGGCGCCUGCCACACCUCCACGCCUUGCCCAGGCUGCAGGCCCUGCGCAUCAACAACCACCACAUCACCACCAUUGACAUCGCCACCUUGCUGCCGGCCUUGAAGCACCUGCACGUGCUGGAGAUUGCCGCCAGCGAGGCCAUCGCCGACCACGCGCGCCUCAUCUUCUCUGCGUCCCCAUCCGCACCCUCGCCCGGUGACAUGCGCGUCAACGCGUCCCUGCUCGACACGCUGGACGUGCGUGGCAUCGCUGUGCAGGAGGAGGUGCUGCACUCGCUCUUUGCGCAGCAGCAGCUCACGCUCGCCAGCCUGCACGUGGGCUGGCCCGGCAUGGACGAGACAACGGCCCCGCUCGCCUCCACCGUGUGCCGUGCGCUUGAUCGCGUGGUGCAGGAGAUCACGCUCACCAACACCGCCUACACGCAGAUCGACCUGUGCCCGGGCCAUGACCUGGUUGCCGUCGCCAUCCCCCGCAACCCGCACCUGCGCAAGCUCACCGUGCACACGGCGGUGCGGCAGCUCAACCUCACAGGGUGCCCCCACCUGUCGGAGCUCGUGCUUCCGCGUGCGGACGUGCUGGACAUGAGCGGCACGUCGCUGCCAUCCACCCCUGCGCUGUGCAGCGAGUGGGGCUCCAGCAUCCUGUUUGCGCGCAACCUCCUCAACCCGCGCUUCUUCUCCGAGGAGUCUGAGCAGCGGGAGGUGCUGCGCCAGUGCCUGGAGACGGCGGAUGUGCUCGAUCUCAGCGACAACCCGUUUCUCAACAACCCGUCUGCAAUUGCUGCCGAGGCCUCGCGCCUCACCGUCCUGGAUGACCGCCCGCUUGUUGCCGAGGACUUUACGCAGCUGGCGUUCCGGUCCACCACACCGCUGCUCACCAUGCAGCACACGCCCGUCACGUGCGGCCUGGACCUGCGCACGAUCCGCGCCCGCGUCGCCUCAGACCCGCACGAGCUGCUGUCGUCCCAGCUGGCCUACCUCUUCAUCUGCUCCUGCGCCGGCGGCUACGAACUUGAGGGAGGCCGCUGCCGUGCCGUCAAGCCCCCCAUUGCCGCCGUGGUGGCCGGGUCUGUGGGCGCACUGCUGGUGCUGCAGGUGCUGGCGCUGCUUGUGUACCGCUGGUGCCGCCGCCACCGCCGCCUGCGUGAGGAGCACGAGCUGCACGUGCAGCUGCUCUCGGAGCGGGAGGCAGAGGUGAUGGCGCUCAAGGCCGGGUGGGCCAUUGAGUAUGAGGAGCUCAGGCUGCAGGCGUGCGUUGCCAGCGGUGCGUAUGGGGAUGUGUGGCGCGCCAAGUGGGACGGCGUGGAGGUGGCGGUGAAGGUGCUGAAGCAGGCUGUGAUGGCGUUUGAUGAGGCAACCAUCGCCGAGUUUGAGAAGGAGGUGGACUUUCUGCAACGCACCCGCCACCCGCACGUGGUUCGCUUCUUCGGCGCAGGCACAGACCCCAACGGCAGCCCGUUCCUGGUGCUGGAGUAUGUCUCCGUGGGCUCCCUGCGCACGCUCCUGCAGCAGGACCUGGCCUCCGUCAUCGCCUCCUGUGGGGAGGACUGUGUGCCGAGCGAUGGUGGACGCAGUACAAGCGAUGAGCUUGGUGAGAGUGGUGAGCGUGGUGAGCGUGGUGGCGCUCACCAAGCUGGCAGUGUUGCCGAUGACUGCGGUGAGCGCUGUGCGCUGUCGGUGUACCAGCUCAAGUGCCGCCUUGCCGGCGAUGUGGCGAGCGGCAUGGCGUUUAUUCAUUCCCUGGGUCAAUUGCACAGGGAUUUGAAGAGCGGAAAUGUGCUGGUGUCGGACCGGUUGCGUGCCAAGAUUACGGACUUUGGCACGAUCCGCACACACUUCUCCGGCGGCAGAGAGGCGAAGCCGCAAGCGCGCGAUGACACCAGGCGUGACGGUGAGAACGAAGGAGACGAGGCGUCGUUGUCGCUCACAACAGGCGUUGGCACGCCGCUGUACAUGGCGCCCGAGGCGCUGGCUGGUGGCCAGUACGACCAGCGCGCGGACGUGUUCAGCUUUGGUGUUCUCAUGUGGGAGCUGGCGACGCAGCAGGUGCCCGAUCUCAUCCGGCAGGAGAAGGGCGAGGGAUACCGUGGACCAACGCUCUCCACGCUGCUUCAGCUCCUCAACGAUGGCGCUCGCCUUCGCUUCCCCACGGACAGAGAGAUGCAUGUGCCCGACUCCUUUGUUGACAUUGCGCAGGCGUGCAUGGCCCAGUCGCCAGCGGAGCGCCCAUCGUUCCAGGAGCUCCAGACGCGCUGCAAGCGUCUCUCCUGA